UCUGACUCACGUGACUUAUCUUUUUGACAGGACAGACGAAAAUCAAUAGAACAGCGGAUGGAGAUGAUGAAGGAUUGAAGCAGAAUGUUCAUUUUAUCAUAAAAAAUGGUGGAAAUGUCCAAAAUGAUGCUGCCCAUGACUUUAAGUAAACCAACACGUAAACAAGUGGCUACGACGGCUGCAACUUGUGUCGUCUUAGCAUACUGCGCGAGGAAACUUUGGCCCCAACUGUGGUCUGCUCUCGGAAAAAAGAAAAGUAAGAAAUUGGAGACAGUGUUGAACAAAUUAGAGAGUGAAGGUAUCAAGAACAAGAAAAACGGUGCUUCCCACAAUGUCGAUAAGUUAUUUUACACGCAACUACGCUAUUUAUUAAAAAUAAUAAUUCCGUCAGUUUGGUCGAGAGAAUUCGGGAUUUUAGUUCUUCACACGGGUACCUUGUUUGCAAGGACAUUUCUGUCUAUCUACGUAGCAACACUCGAUGGCCGUAUAGUGCAGACAAUUGUCAAGCGGGACUUGAGAAGUUUCUUACUUAGACUGACUCAGUGGCUCUUGAUUGCUAUACCAGCAACGUUUAUCAAUAGCCUUAUUAGAUUCUUAGAAAGCAAGCUUGGAUUAGUGUUUAGAACUCGUCUAGUCAAUCAUGCAUAUGAGCAGUAUUUUUCUGAUCAGACCUACUAUCGGGUCAGCAACCUGGAUAGCAGAUUGUCCAAUGCUGACCAGUGUCUUACAGAUGACAUCAGUAUGUUUACGCAGUCUCUUGCCCACCUGUACUCUCAUUUGACGAAGCCCAUGCUGGAUGUAGCUCUUAUCUCUUUCACUCUGUAUUCCUUUGCCUCAAGUCGAGGUGCUAGUUCCAAAUGGCCAACUAUCAUUGCCACCAUUGUAACUUUCAUAACCGCUCAAAUUCUAAAAGCUGUCUCGCCAAAGUUUGGGAAGCUUGUUGCAGAAGAGGCAAAUAGGAAAGGGUAUUUGAGAUAUAUUCAUUCAAGAAUUAUCGCAAAUGCUGAAGAAAUUGCAUUCUAUGGAGGACAUAAGGUUGAACAAAACUUGCUGGUGAAGGCAUAUAAAGCACUGGCCCAGCAAACGGACCUGAUAUUCAUGAAGAGAUUGUGGUAUAUUAUGCUGGAACAGUUCUUGAUGAAGUAUGGCUGGAGUGCUAGUGGACUCAUCAUGGUGGCUAUCCCCAUAAUGUCCGCCCGUGGGGGUGGGAUCAGAGCUGAUGGAUCUUCCGUGGAUGAUGAUCCUGACGGAGGUGUGAGCGAGAGAACCAAGGUUUUCACCACGGCCAGAAAUCUGCUGAUAAACUCCGCAGACGCCAUAGAACGCAUGAUGUCAUCAUACAAAGAGAUCACUGAGCUGGCUGGAUACACGGCUCGCGUAACAGAGAUGUUCCACGUAUUUGAGGAUGUCAAAACGGGGAAGUACCAGAGAAGCAUGGUCACCAAGACCGUUCAAAGCAAAGCCAAACACGCCAAGAUCUCUGGACCAAUGCAAAUCAUGGGUAAUGUAAUGGACACUGAUGCUACCAUAGAUAUUGAGGACCUGCCCAUUAUCACACCCAAUGGAGACAUCAUUGUUUCUAGUUUAACAAUCAAGAUUGAGCCAGGCAUGCAUCUGUUAAUAACGGGACCAAAUGGAUGUGGGAAGUCCUCUCUAUUCCGCAUCCUUAGCGGUCUUUGGCCGGCCUACAAAGGGAAAUUACAUAAACCCCCACCCAGCAAAAUGUUCUACAUACCCCAAAGACCUUACAUGUCGCUAGGAACCUUCAGAGAUCAAGUUAUCUACCCUGACACGUACGACGACAUGAAGGAGAAAGGUUGCACAGACAAAGACCUGGAGAAAAUCCUGGAGAUUGUUAAUCUGCAGCUGAUUGUGGAGAGAGAAGGAGGCUGGGACUCCAGAAGUGACUGGAAGGAUGUUUUAUCUGGUGGUGAGAAGCAACGAAUGGGAAUGGCCCGCAUCUUUUAUCACAAGCCUCAGUUUGCCUUGUUGGACGAGUGCACCAGUGCUGUGUCCAUCGACGUAGAGAGCAAGAUUUAUCAGGCAGUGAAGGAUGCUGGGAUCUGUCUCCUGACCAUCACUCACCGCCCAUCUCUAUGGAAGUUCCAUACCCACCUACUGCAGUUUGAUGGGGAGGGUGGCUGGAGAAUGGAGGCCCUGGACACCAAUACUCGCCUGUCCCUCAACGAUGAGAAGCAGCGCCUGGAGACCCAGCUUGCCGGAAUGCCGGCCAUGAAGAACCGCCUCAAAGAACUGUGCUCCAUACUCGGGGAUGAUUCUGUGUUACUGUCCAAGUCAGACAGCUCCACAGACCUUCAGCUCACAGAGCAGGAGAGUUCUUGAUAAUAAUUCAGUUUUUUAACUUUUAACAAAUAUGAACAAGACUGCACUUUUUUUUCUUACUUUUAGGUAGAUAGAAAAUUUUAAAUUCUAUACACUUAGAUUAAGCUUGUGAUUGUUAAUUAUCUUUGUAAUUAAUUCUGGUUGAUCAAUAAUUCUGAUUAUCUGAUUACAAAUUUCAUUAUGUACAUGUAAAAGUUUAAGUUAUUCCAAUAACAUUUAGACCUUGUACGGGUACAGUUUGAGAUCAUCAAAUGUCAAAAAUCAAAUUCUGCAUGUAUAUUGAUAAUUUUUUCCCUCUCCAUUCCAUGUAAAUCGAAAUAUCAACAGUUUAUAACCCUGCAGAUACUUUUCAUCUGCUAAGUACUGUAGUUUCCUUAUUUAAUUACUUAAUUAUGCGAUUCAACAGUAUAGCAUCAAAUCGCGAGAAUGAUAAAAUUGCGAACACCGAAUUAUUAUCAUAAUUCCAAAUAGUUUACAUCUGUACAAAAAUUAAAGUUAGAUUUUAAAAUCUGCAAGAUGUGCAUAUUGCUAUUUUACCCAGAUAUUAAUUUCUCACGUUUAAUUAGGAAUUUACAGUAAAACGUCUAGACAUUUGAUUUAAAUAUUGUCCAUAUAAUGUACUCUACUUGUGGCUUGCUCAAGGGUUAUCAUUUUAUGUGAUCUUAUGCUAAUAUUACUACCAAAAGCCAGUUCAUUGUAAUGCAUUGUAAUUACUUUACAUUUUGAUUUAUUUUUAUUUUUAGAUUUUACAGUAUUACAUGUUUUAUUAUGUAUUUUGACUCUGAAGCCUUGAGCUCUUUUGAAAGGUUGACAAUCCGGUACCCAAGUACGUGUAGGUUAAAAUUGUUCGUCCAAGUAAAAUAACCAAUUGUUUUGCAUAUCAGCUACAUGUUAUGACUUUGACUUGCUAUGAUUUAAAAAUUAAAACUGUAAUCAGUAAGAAUUUGUCUAAAAAUGAACAGAUACAUUUGACAGACCUGAGUCCAGAAAGAUCUUAGCAUUAAGUCAAAGUUUUGAUUACCUACAAGAUACAUGUACUUAUUAUUUGUUAUCAAUUAUACAUUUUUAUUGAAAAUGGUGGACACAACACAGGAACAAAAUUUUAUAAUAAAUUCAAUUGUAAUGUUUGUUAAUGAUAAAACUUGAAUAGUGCAUACCAAUUUUCAGUAAAGUCUUAUACAGCUUCAAGCCCCUAAGGCCAGGACUGAUGUCACUAAGUAUAUACAACUAUUGGUAAUUUUCAUUCACAAUUCCAUUCUUUGCAUUCUUUGCAUUCAUUCUUAAAAUGGCACCAGAUGCCUAGAAGUUGUAUGUGUUGAAAGUGUUACUAGUAUUAAGAAAUAAUGGUUGCUCUGGAUAUCAACUAUCUUCAUGAACAAGAAAGUCUGUAUUAUUUAGAGGUACGGUAGUUUGAGAGGCUAAAAUAUAUACCUACAAUGUUUGUGUUCAUCAUUACAAAACACGCUAACUGUCUGAAAAAGAAAAUUAUAAAUGUAAUCGAAAAUGAUGCAUUCCAUGUUUGAAUUACAAAAGCACGACUAAUGAUGAGAUUACAAAAUACCGUAGCAAUAUUGUUACAUAGAUGUAUAAUUUGAUGGACUAAUUGUAAUGUUAUGUCUCUUAAAGGAGGUUGGACACUACUACACAUAAAUUGUGAAUUGAAAUCAAUAUGUCCUGUUAAGUUUUUGUUAAGUUGAAUGUUUGAUUGAUAGCUCUCAGCUAGGCAUGUGUACACGUGAUGCUGAUACCUUUUUAGCCAAAC